ACGCACAAUACGAUUCACCAUCGGAUUAAAAUCACAACACCGACAGAGAGCAAGCAGAAGACGGAAUGCUCCAAGCAGUGAAUGGGAUCCUAGAAAAACUUUGUUCGGAAGGAGAAAGUCCUCUGAAGUGGAGCGAGCUUUUCAGUUUAGCCGAGCACCUGCCGUGUUUUCCGUCUUCACUCGCUCCAGAAAUAUGGCUUUCCGUUCUGAGGAGGAUCUCUCCUGUCCUGUCUGCAGUGACAUCUUCAAGGAUCCUGUUGUCCUGUCAUGUAGCCACAGCUUCUGUAAAGAAUGUCUGCAGAAAUGGUGGAAUAAUAAACCACUACGAGAGUGUCCAGUUUGUAAGGAAAAGACUCUAUCAAGCGAACCACCACGUAACUUGGCUCUAAAGAACCUGUGUGAGGCCCAUUUACUGGAGAGAGGCUCAGCAGAGGCUUUCUGCAGUCUGCACUCGGAGAAACUCCAACUCUUCUGUCUGGACCAUCAGCAGCCAGUGUGUGUUGUCUGUCGAGAUUCAACAACACACGCUGACCACAAAUUCAGACCCAUCGAUGAAGCUGCACAGGAUCACAAAGAGAAGCUCCUGAUAACCCUGCACCCCUUACAGGAGAAACUGAAGCUCUUUAAAGAAGUUAAAGGAAACUGUGAUCAAACAGCGGAGCACAUUAAGGUCCAGGCCGGACACACAGAGAAGCAGAUUAGGGAGCAGUUUAAGAAGCUUCGCCGGUUUCUAAAAGAGGAAGAGGAGGCCAGGAUCUGUGCUCUGAGGGGGGAAGAGGAGCAGAAGAGUCAGAGGAUGAAGGAGAAGAUUGAGGCUCUGAGCAGAGAGAUAGCAGCUCUUUCAGACACAGUCAGAGCCACAGAGGAGAGGCUGAGAGCUGAAGACGUCUCUUUCCUGCAGAACUACAAGGCUGCAGUGGAGAGAGUCCAGCGGCAGCCCCCGCUGGAUGAUCCACAGCUGAUCUCAGGAGCUCUGAUAGACGUGGCCAAACAUCUGGGCAACCUGAGCUCCAACAUCUGGAAAAAGAUGGGGGAGAGGGUCUCCUACACUCCUGUGAUUCUGGAUCCAAACUCUGCUCAUCCAGAACUCGUCCUGUCUGAAGAUCUGACCAGUGUGAGAUGUGGAGAGACACAGAAGCUUCCCGACAAUCCAGAGAGGUUUGAUUCCUUCAUCUCUGUUCUGGGCUCUGAGGGCUUUGACUCUGGGACGCACAGCUGGGGCGUUGAGGUUGGAGACAGCACAGUCUGGAUUCUGGGUGUAGCAGCAGAGUCUGUCCGAAGAAAGAGAGGCACAGCCUUAAAGUCUGGAUUAUGGAGAAUCGUGUUUUACAAAGAUGAAUACACAGCGUGCUCAUAUCCUGGCCCAGACACUGUUCUCUCAGUGCAGAAGAAGCUCCAGAGGAUCAGAGUAAAACUGGACUGGGCUAAAGGAGAACUGUCAUUCUUCGAUUGGGAUACUUACACACACGUGCACACCUUGAAACAUAGAUUCACUGACAAGUUGUUUCCAUACUUUAAUACAAACAACGAAUUGCCACUAAAGAUAUUACCAGUGAAAGGCUAAAGUAAAGUAAUACAGCAGCAGUUGGUGUGUUUUAAGCAGGGAUGCACCGAAUCCAGGAUUCAGCUUCGGCUUCAGAUUCGGCCAAAUAUUGGGCUUUUUGACGGGGUUCAGUUCCUGCCGAACCUUAGAAUUUUUUCCAAAGAACCGAACCCUACGCGUGCACUACACACACACUUCAGGUACGGCAUAGGAAGGACAGCCACAGCUAAAAACUUGUGUUAACCAGACGACGGAUUUGGUUUCGGAUUCGGCAGAAUCUUAACCAGCGGAUUUGGUAUUCGGCCGAACCCCAAAAAUGUGGAUUCGGUGCAUCUCUAGUUUUCAGUAGUGCCAAGUUCAGAAUCCAAUACUCAAUAAUCAAUUUUACUCUCCAGAGAAUCAGAAUAUAUAAAUGCUGUCAUUUUAAAAUGUACACACUGUGGGCAAGUUUCCCUACCGACUGUUAUUAAAUGUAAAGAGCACUUGUGUUGUAUAUCAUGUUCUUUUAUUAAAUUACUUAACAGACAAUGUGUUUUAUAACUUUGUGUAGUUUUAUUAACCGUGUUUUAAAGAUCUUGCUGUAUGUAUGAUUGAUCUGUUUUUUGUUUUGAAUCUGAAUGAAUAUGUUGUGUGUAUUGUAGUCUGUUAAAUAUCGCAUCCCUAUAAAACAAGCAAUGAGAAGAGAACACAUACAUCUCCUAGUGUUUUGUCAUUACACACUGUUCAUACUGCUAGUACUGUACAUAUCCAAUGAAUUCAUAUCUACCCCUUACUGUCUAUUAUAUCAUGUAUUAUUUAUAUUAGACCAUGUACAAACCGAUUUUUUUGCACUUCUGGUAAGAUGCUAAACUGCCUUCGUUUUCUCAGUACCUGUACUC